AUGGGAAAAUGGCGCGUUUUUGCCCUUCGCGCGGCUCUAUGCUUGAUUUUGUGGGGGGUGGGGGGCGGGGGGGUAGGGGUUUGCUGUUCCAUUUUAUUUUGUCCAAGAUUGCAGGUUAUUACUUGUGGAUUUUUACUGUAUGCAAAUUUUGUUGUUAUUGUUGUUGUUUCACAGGAAUGUAGUGGCUCUAUUUGCCUGAGGUUUCAAUUGUUGGAAUGCCAAUGUAAACAGGAGGAAAAUCUCUGUGAUCUGUGCUGCAAACAAGGAGAAGACGGCGAGUGCAAACCCAUAAGAGACAUGGGUGUAUCAAAUAUCACGAGUGCACUCCAGCAGUUCCCAGGCGCACCAUGCGACAACUUCAACGGAUAUUGCGACGUGUUUCUCAAGUGCCGCGCAGUGGAUGCCGAUGGACCAUUGUCUCGUUUGAAGAACAAGUUCUUUAGUAAAGAAGCUAUCCUUGGUUAUUUAGCGUGGAUCAAGGAACACUGGUGGGCCGUACUUCUCAUGGGUGUUGGGCUUAUUCUACUCAUGGCAGGUAAAAUUUAUCAUUCCGUUGUUGUAGUUUUGGGAAUAGAGAGCUUUAGAUUCUAA